GAGAGCUAUACACACUCACACACACUCAUGCACACACAUGCACAAACACACGCACACACACUCUGUUUCCUCUGUGUCUCUUACCAAACGUGUCAGUCAACCAGUCAGUCGAUUAUUUUUGUGUGAGUGUGUGUGUCUGGUGGGGAUGUUGAAAAGAGCUCAUAUCCAUCCUUCAUCUCUAUGACCGACGGACAAAAAAAACAAAGACAGGAAAAGGGGGACUUGCAGUUUCUUACGGAGGAAACUCUUCAAGCAUUCAACUCCCUGACAUCAAUAUUGCUGCUGUCUAUGUGCUGCACUGAGCCAAAGGAGUGGGCUUUCCAACCAUCCUGACAUACGGAAAAACCCCGUUGAGGUUACCACCAGCAGCAGCAUCCGCCACCAUGUCCUCUCCCUCCCUCCCCAUGCCGUCUCUCCCCCCCAGCCCUCUGGCCAUGGAGUAUCUCAACGACUUUGACCUGCUUAAGUUUGAGGUGAAAUCUGACACUCCUCCACUCCCGCCUCCAUGCACGUAUCCCAAAUCUGGCCUCCCCCAAGACCCCUCCAGCUCUCCGUACACCAGCCACCCUCCGCAAGACUCCAGUCUGAGCUCCAGCCCCUACAACUCGCUGCCACCUUCGCCGACGCUCAGCGACGCCCAUCCGCCCCCUUCGGGGUCUUCCUCUCUCUCUUCGUCAUCAUCCUCCAUCUCAUUCCCCCUCUCCAUAUCCAACAGCUUCACCUCUGGCAUCAGCUCUGGCUCCCAGGGGAACAUGGAGGGCAGCCCGGCCCACGGCGGCCCUCAGGGUCCCACCCCGGCCUCGCUGGAGGACCUGAUUUGGCUGGCGGCGUUACAGCAGCAAUUUGGGGGCGAGGUUACGGCACCUGCCACUUUGCUGGGAGCCUUGGGAGGAGUGCCGGAGAGAGGGGACCGAGAAAGAGGGACGGUAAAUGGCUUCCUGGGCUGCGAGGACGCCGUGGAGGCGUUGCUGAACUCCGCUGCUGCAGCUGUCAGUUCACAGUUCCCAGGUCUUUCUCAAAGUUCAACUAGCAACCUGGGAGACUCCAGCAGCGACAGCGGAGGUGAUAUCUCCUGCACCAAGGCGCCCGACAUGUGCCCUCGCCCGCUCGUCUUCCUCUCAUCAGCCCCAUCGUCACUCUCCAACACCGCCCCCGUCUCAGUCCCCUACCCCCAACCCCUCAGCCCCCAGGGCCGCCUUCACCACCACCAGCAUCACCACCAUCAGCAUCACCCACAUCACCCCAUGCAUGGAAGCCAUCACCAUCAUCACCACCCACAAAUCAACCAGUGUGGGGCGAAUGAGCGCUUUUCUGAUGAGCAGCUGGUGAGCCUUUCGGUGCGUGAGCUGAAUCGACACCUGCGCGGAGUGAGCAAAGACGAGGUGGUGCGCUUGAAGCAGAAACGCCGCACGCUAAAGAACCGUGGCUACGCCCAGUCCUGCCGCUACAAGCGCUUGCAGCACCGCCAUGCCCUGGAGUCGGAGAAGCAUGUGCUUACACAACAGCUGGAACAGCUACAGUGUGAGCUGACUCGAGUGCUGAGGGAGCGAGACGCCUACAAGGCUCGCUACGAGAAGCUCCUCAGCACAAACCACGCCACGAGCACCGACGCCCCUCCGACACGCACCAGCAACCCAUCUUCCCCACCCCCUGACUACUUCCUCUGAGUGUAGCCUACCAGAAGAGGAAGGGAAAGAAAAACACGUAAAGAAAAAGUAAAAACAAGAACAGCCAACAUGGAGCGACGACUGAUGAGUAAUCAGACUU